UGUCCGUAUCGCCCAGGUAGUCUACAUGGCGGGUUCUUCUAUCAGGCAUUCUAAGUGUCACAAGGGGAGUUCUUCGGGUUCCCCUCAAGAGACGGUAGAUGCGGUAGAGGUCGUACAUUUGCCAUCGUCCGAUGAUGUUGAAGUACCUCCUGUUGCCCAACCAGACACGGAUUCGGAUGGCUCGGAUGAUGGCCUUGAUGCGGAUGACGUGGUACUAUAUCCGAGUUUGAAGAUUCGUGUUUCUCCUAAGCAUUUGGUCGUACCGACGAAGCGGUUUAAUGCUUGUCAGAAGAAAGCCGUGGUCGAGCUGGGUUUAGGAGAACUAUUAAACCUACAAAUCCACGACAUCCCAAAGCGUAUGGCUAGAUGGUUUGUGCGCUGCUCUUGAACGAGUGAUUUUGGCGCGACGUUAGUAUUAUAAUGUAUCUACUUUUGUGUUUGGUUAUGGGGUUUUUUUUUACCUAGCGUGAGCAUGACUUUUAAUCAUAUUUCCAUUUUCAUUUUGUAUUAGGGGUCAAAUGUUUAGAUUAAUUUUGUUCCGAGAUGCAAUUUUUUUGAAUGGGAAUGUGUGUGAUAGUGGUUUGUGCGUAGAUGUAUGUACGCUUGUGCAU